GAUACAAAAAAAAAAAAAAAAGAUAGGGUAGCGAAGAAGACACACCCAAGAACAAAGAAAAAAUGGAAUUCGUAACAUUUUUUGACAAUACGAAUAGAUAUUUAUCGAUCCGUGAGUGUCAGGGACGAUGAGUAUUUUUCGCGACAAGAAAUAUCGAAAUUGGUUUUUCAAAGGAUAUCAAACGAAAUCUUUUCCGGGAGUCUAAAUUUAAAGGGAACUAGUCGUGAAUGGAUUGUUCCUUCGACGUCGUUCGUCAUUUUGGUGACAGAUUGGAAGAAAAGGGACCCAAAAAGAGACGUUUUCAUAAAACUUUGAAAUAGAGUUUAAGCUUCGAUCGAUAGAAGUAAAAGGAAUCGAUAAAGGACGCGCUCUUUCUCUCUCUCUCUCUCUCUCCCUUCGGAGGUGGGAGAGACAGAGAAAAAGAAAGGGAAAGAUAGAAAAAGAGAAAAGGAAUAUAGGGUGAAAAAGAGAGAUGGCGAAUCGAAUGAAGGCUCUGUAUAACCAGGUAAUAUUCGAAAGGCGAAUUCUGCUCGGUUGUACAGCCCUCGUGGGACUCUCAGCGUGCAUAUGGGCCGUGGCUAUAGGGACCGAUCAUUGGUUCACCGUCAAAGCACCAAAUGACGAAGGUCUGCCGUUGGGAGAUUCUGGAGAGAGCGGCAGGAGACUGAUCUACAAGCAUAUGGGCCUUUGGAGGGGUUGCGUCAGCGGUUUGAUACCAAAAACGAAGAAUUCGAGCAAAUUGGUACCUUACAGUGAAUGCAAGUACCAAGAGAUGUUUCCUCCUGAAUCAAAAAUCGAUGUGGAUCCAGGAUUAGACAGAACAGUGAUCAAUUAUGCUAGGACUCAGGUCUCGUUUGCUAUUAUCAGCAUGUUUAUAAUGAUAAUGGGAUUCUGCUUCUCCAUCUAUACGUUCCGUAACCCACGUUACAUGUUCAAACGGCUGGCUGGCGGAAUACAUUUCAUUAGUGCUGCUUGCAACAUGGUGGUAAUACAAGUACUCCUUUCUUCGGUCGAAUACGAAAGCACAAACGUUUACGAAACGUUCCCUAAGGGUGCGAUCAUGAGAUACGAUUUUUCUCUUAUCCUGGCAUGGAUCGUCUUCCUUUGCAACCUAGUCGCGGGAUGUGCCUUUAUGCUUUUCUCAAGAAAAAGGAAGAGGGAAAAGGCGCCAACCGAGGAGAUCGCUAUGGCCGAUGAACCAACGAUAAUCGGUCGUUAGUCCCCUUCAUUCUCGUACGUAUAUGGUGUUCGUGUAUACAGGGUGUUUCAUUUGAUUCGACCAUUAGAAAUAUCAUUACGAUAUUUAAAUACAAAUGACGUUUCAUAAUACGAGAAAAAGAAAGCAAAAGUGAGAAAGAGAAUAAAAGGUUUAUACGAUUUAUCAGAAAUUAUUUAUUACAAAAGGUGUUCGGAUUAAUUACCAUUCUCACGCUCCAAUAAAAUCUUCACGAUAUCAGAAUACAAUCAAAAAAUAAUUAAAAAUACAAAGAGAUCGUUCACUUAAACGUAUAAUAACGAUAAUCUAAUUCAAAUUAAUGAUAAUUCUUCCAAACGCUUUCUUAAAUAAAAUAUUUCCCUUUGUGAACGCUUAAAUUUUUACUCAUUCGUUUUUUUCUUAAAGAUUUCGAAAAAAAAACAAACGAUAACGUAAAAAAAGAGUUUCGUAUUAAUGUGUAUAUUAAAAAUUGGAGAAAAGAAAUAAUAAGACACAGUUCUUUUCGUAAAAAUCAAAAGGAAAUAUUUCAAAUGGUCGGACUAGAUGAAACACCCCGUAUAUAUACAUACAUAUAUAUACAUAUAUAUAUAUGCAUAUAUAUAUACACAUAUAUAUAUACAUAUAUAACACACAAAGAAAGGGUAUAACUACGCUUGCGCGUCUACGGUUUACUACGUUACAUUACGUGCAGAGCAAACGUUUCCAAAAAUAUCACCCCAUUAUACUAUUUCCCGUCUUCUCCGGUUCUUCGUCUCUCAAAAAUAGUUGUCUGCCAAAAUAUGUGUGAUGUGUGUGUGUAUAUAUAUGUACAUAUAUGUAUAUGAAUAUAUAUAUAUAUAUAUAUAUAUAUAUAUAUAUAUAUAUAUAUAUAUAUAGACACAUAUACAAAAAAUCUGGUUGUAGAUCUUUUUACAUAAGAUUAACGCUUUUAGAAUAAUAUCGAAAAUAAUACAAAAAUAAUAAACAAUACACGUUGAUCGUAAUUAUUUAACUAAAUACAAUAUAUUAUAUUAUAUUAAUGUUAUCUUUGCUCGAUACAUCACUUUUUGAUCGUAUAUAACACAGCAUGGAUUUAAUUGCUGAUUUCAAUGCAUUGUCUUUAAUAUAAUAUAUAUAUAUAUAUAUUACGUUGAUAAAUAUUACCAACAUAAAAUUAUUUCAUUAAACCGUUAAUCAAAUUUGAAAAACAAAAUGAAAUAUCGCUUUUAAUGAUAUUUCAAUGAUAUUUCAUUGAAGGUUGUGGAAACGUCUUUUGAAUCUUUCCACGUAUAUAUGAAAUAUCUGUAAAUAGGUAUAUGUAUACGUAUAUUUACUUUAUUAUUAUUAUAAGAGUGUACGAAAAGUACAAUAUUCAAAAAUGUAUAUUAAAUCACGAAAGCGAGCGUUUAAGUAUGUAUAUCUCUUUUCCUAUAUGCUUGUUAAAUGUAUUUGUUUGUAUGACUAUUAAAAAGAAAGAAAGGUAAAGAGAAAGAGAGGGAGAGAGAGGGAGAGAGAGAGAGGGGGGGAGAGAAUGUGCGUGUGUGAGUUUGUUCGCGUGUAAAUGUUCGAAAACCGAUCAAUGUUAAACAUAUCUCAAAUUAAUACCUCAUAACGAUAAUAUCAUAAAUUAAGGAAUACCGAUAUCAAUAUUUAAAAAACAAGAAUAUUAAUUAAAAUAACAAUUGGGAUGUUUAUACUAUUGAUGUGUAUAUAUAUACUAUUGAUGUAUAUAUAUAUAUAUAAAUUCUCUUUUAUACUUUAUAUAGGAAUAAACACAAUCAUUUUAUUACCUCAGACAUAUUAUCUCGUCCGUGAUAAGAAUUUUAAAUAGGAAUAUUAAUCAAACGACAACACGUUACUCAUGAAAUAUAUUUAUAAAUAGAAAUAAAAUAAAUUAAUAAUCAAAUCUUGUAGAUGGAAAAAAAAGAAAAGAAAGAAAAAAACAAAAAUGACAAGAAAGAAAGCAUAGAAAAAUUAACGAUAGGCUCGUCACAUAAAGAUCUAAUUAUAAUGCGUGUCGCAUAAUUAAUUUAUUUCUAAUUUAUCGUGCGAUUUAAUUUCUUUUGAUUCUUAGGAUUGAUUUAUUUCUUUUUUUUUCUUUUUUCUUUUUUUUUUUUUUAUUAAACGCUUUAUGAAAUUUUUAUUAGCCCUUACUAAUAUAUAUAAUCGUCAUUCGUCAUAAAUAUCGCCGAUAUAGGUGUACCUACUUACCUGUGUAAUUAAAAUUCAGUAAAAACAAGUCUUCGACUUAAGUUACGAUUUAUUAUAUCUUUUAUAAAUUUUUUUUUUUUUUCUAUAUAUAGACGGACAAGAUGAUUCGCUAAAUCUAUUAAAAAUAAUUCUCGAUAUAAUGAUGUUUUUUGAAUCGUUUUUCUUUUUCUUUUUUUCUUUCGUUUUUCACAUCAUCCCUUCAGUCGUAAGUCCGAUAUGAUUUUCUCUUUGAUGAUCUCACGAGAGUGUGAUAGCGAAUCUCAACAAACAAUAAUUUUUUUAAAUAAAAAAAUAUAUAUUGUAUUAAAUCGUCUGCAAUUGACUGCAAUUAAAUUGUCUGCAACUUCUCGCCUUUACAUGUAUUAAAAAAAAAGAAAAAGACAAACAAAAUAGAAGAUUUCGAACAAAAUCUAUACUAAAUAAAUAUUUGAGUUUACUUUAUAGUUUAAUUAACGUCCUAUCACAUUCUCCAGACUUUUACAGAAGUCUAGUAAAUUUAUUUCGCAUUUAAUAAGAAGAAUUCUUUCGAACUACUCAGAUCUGAGAAUUAGCGAAUCACCCUGUAUAUAUGAGUUAUUCGUAUUCGUAUGUUGUACUAGCAUACAUCUCGACGCCCUCUUAAUCGAUACACUGCCUCUCCGUUAUAAACGUCGUGAACGUUUGCCGGAGCAACGGCUAAGUAUUAACUUGUGCCGAGAAAAUAUUUUCAAAAGGAAAAAGAAUUAUAUUACUUUUCUAUUUCGUCGACACACGACGAAAUAAUAAGCGAAAGAAAUGUAAAAAAAAAAAAAAAAAAGAAAGAAAAAAAGAUAUGUUCUAUUAGAGGAUAAACCAAAGUCUUCCUUCGAUUUGGAAUGAUGGUAUCUCUAAAAUAAAAAUUAAAAUAAAAAAAAGUUAAAAAAAAGAAAUAAAAGAAAAUGCAAAAAAGAAUAGAUUAACAACGUUUACGCAAUCAUAUCAUAUUUCCAUAAUUCUCUAUGAAGAAAAAUAAAAAUAUUUUAUCUAAAGGAAUGUAAGAGAUAAAUCUAAAGCAGAUGAUCGGUUUGCGAUUGACUUGGGUUACGAAGAAUGUCUGAUGGUUGAAAGUUCCUUCGUUCGUUCGUUUCUUAAUAAAAAAUUAAAAUGACUGUUCGAUCGUCCUUACAUAAAAAAGACAUUUACUUCUCGUGUAUAUAUAAAUGUAAUCACACAUUUUCUCUUUCACACGAUUCAAAUAAAGUAUGUUUACGUGUAUAAAGAAA